AUACUACCUUUUACAUGUACCAAUUUCAAUAGUUUACACUGAUCUCUCACGCAAGUUCAGAACUUGCGGUGCUAUAAAAGGAUCAGGAGUGAUCGUUCAAAGCAUAUCUGCGAUCUCAUCGCUGGGAUUGAGGGUGAAGAGUACUUCCUCCUAUCUCGGAUAGCCAUCCUUAUAGCAGGACUAUCUCGAAGGCUAGAGAACACUUUAGAUAUCAGACCGAGUGCACUCCGCUCUCGAUUUCCCGUAUACAAAAAAAAUAUCUUCCUCGGAGUUUCUGGAUCAACGGUUUUACGAUGGGUCUCGACUUGAGGCCACGAUCUCUGAUUCAUAUUCUUGUCAUCUCUCUUACAGCGUCAAGCAUCAUCAAUGUCGCCCAGGGACAAUCCACAGCAGACGAGUACCUCACUCCGCACAACGAUGCCCGAGCUGGGCUGAAUCAAGGCAUACCGAGCCUGUCCUGGGACACCACGCUGGAAUCGUAUGCUACUGACUGGGCCGCCACCAGAGCAGCUGCUGGUGACGACUGCGCUCUCAUACACUCGGGAGGACCUUACGGGGAGAACAUCUACUGGUCCAGUGGACCGAGCACCCCAGCGGAUGCAGUGCAGGCCUGGGUCAGCGAGGAGGCAUAUUACGACUACUCAACAAAUUCGUGCUCGGCCCCAGAGGGCGAGUCUUGCGGUCAUUACACGCAGGUCGUGUGGAGGGACACUGCGGCGCUGGGAUGCGGGUCGGCCACUUGUCCCUCUGGUGCCUUGUUCGUCGUUUGCAGCUACGACCCCCCGGGAAACGUUGUCGGUCAGCUUCCUUACUAGACUUGCUCUACGAAUAGCUGCAGCCGUCGAGCGACUCCGAGUUUCAUCUUUACUGAAGUGGUGGACAUAUACGACUGUAAUCUCAGUACAUUCAGCACAUGCACAUCAGUGGGCAGGGACGACAAUUUCAUAGGAGGACACUCCAUCGCUGCCUGCCGUGAGGAUGACAGAGAGUGUUGUGAGAAUCGUGUCUCGGAAUACAGCGCAUUGUAACUGCUUCUAUGCUGGCAUAGUACUGACUGAUAUACUGUAGAUGAGAUUUUAAGCUGUGAUAAAUUAGUACAACCACUUUCAAGCAUAAAUCGAAACCCUGGUAGGGCAUCGUGGUUGUAUCUUGUUAUCAGUCGUUGCGAGUAGGUAAGAGCAAACGUCGUCUCUACUGAUAACGGAGUGGAUUUCAGAAAGCUCAAUUCGUAAUAAAAACAUUGGAGAAGGAGUUGCGAU